UUUCUAUUGAUUGGAAUUUUUGGUAAUUGUGAUUCUCAGAUAUUUGCUGAAAAACCAGCUGUCCACCGAGCAUUUCUGAAUUUGGUUCCCAGCAAGUUGUCAGAAAAGGAUUUCUGGACAAAAUAUUGUAGAGCUGAAUAUCUCCAUAGGACAAAAAAUGCUGUUGCAGCUGCAGCAGAGGCUGCUGAAGAUGAGGAGCUUGCUGUUUUCUUAAAGGAUGAUGACAUUUUGGCCAAUGAAACUCGGCAGAAGAUCAGACGGGUUGAUCCGACUCUUGACAUGGAAGCUGAUGAAGGGGAUGAUUACAUGCAUCUUUUGGACCAUGGAAUUCUGCGUGAUGGUAUUAAGGAGAUUACUGAUUCACAGUAUGAGCUAUACAAAAGGACUCUCUCUCAGGACCUUAACCGGCAUGCAGCAGUUGUUCUUGAAGGAAGAGCUUUAGAAAUGGAGUUAGGAGACACAAGGACUGUAGCUGAAGCACUUGCUAGGUCCAAACAGGCUGAGCUAGCCACCAAAACGUGUGAUGAGAAUGCAAACCAGGAGCGGUUAGAGAGAGUUUCUCGGAUGACUGAGAUUGAGGAUCUUCAGGCACCUCGAACCCUUCCAUUUGCACCUCUUUGUAUAAAGGACCCUCGAGAGUACUUUGAUUCCCAACAAGCUAAUGCGCUUAAAGCUUUAGGAGACACAGUAACUGGAACAAGGCCAUCAAAUUGUACCUUGAGCACAGAGGAGGCAUAUGGUUCUUUUAGGGAGCUCAUUUCUGAGAUGAGAGCAGCAGGAUUGAGUGAUCCUGUAGUUAAACCUGAAGUUGCUCUUAAGGUAAAAACAUGCCUGCUCCUAGUCAUUGUACAAACUUGACAUCUAC